GAACGCCCACCUAUUCGAAUGAAUUUUCCGCAGAUCCUCCUGGUUGGAAACGUUUAUUGGCCGGGUCACCAUCAGAAGACCUCCGCCAUAGUCUACCUCCUCUAUCCCUCUAGCUAAAAUUCCGUGAAACUCGGCAUACGAACGAAGGGAUGUGGUAGGCUGGGAAGGGGUCGAGACAAUGGGUAUUGAACCAAGAGAAAGACCGCCUGUAACUAUCGGGCAAUUAUGGUCACACUAUGGUGAGUUUGAGAUAGACUUCCGUACGGUUCUAAUCGUGGUGUGUGCUAGCUGCUCUACGUACAGUACCUGUUGUGUAUCCAAAUCGACCAGCAUCGGUACCUGUAUGCGAAUCCCUACCAAGGAUGAGUUCUAAGGGGACUGCUCGAGGAUUUAGUAGUAACUUCAUACGUGCAAGUGAAAGUCUACUGUGCCGAUAAGUCUCGAAGGGAAGUUAUCCAAUGAUUCCCUCUCAGGGCGAGGACCCUGCCUGCGGUGCGUCAAAUCUCUGCCGUGUACUUUCUACCCUGUAAGAUGUAUAUAAGUCCAGAUCAGCCUCUGGUUCAGCGCGAGUUUGUGCAGAUAUGUGUAUGGUGGGACCUUGAAGUUAGGAAGCUUUCAGCAGAGGGAGUUGAAUCCCGUCUUCUUUCCACCGACCACGAGCCAACUUUAUCAGCGCUUCACUUGCAACAAAAAUGCUGUAGGGGUCGGAAAAAAGCCAUUCUGUUGGGCUUGCCGGAUAGUGAUUUAUUAAAAACCGAGAAUCUUGCUAUGGACGUUGGAGUUGCCUCUUCUGGUAAGGUCUGUUGCAGAUAUUUUCUUUUUUACUCUGUCUCAACCCGGGGCUGGGUUGGAGCGGAAUCCCCACGAAUUGUUUUCUCGCUUUAACCCAAAUGGAGGAAAAUUCUGGACGUCCUAGCGUCGUUCUCAAUUAUUGUUUUCGGAGGGGGGUUUUUUUUUAUAUAACGGUAUUGGCCCGGUU